AUGGCGUACAUCGAUAAAUCGCAACGGAGGGUUUUCAACUCUUUGACGACCGGAAACUCCCUUCUCCUGGGUGUCAACCUGGCCGCGUCUUUGAGAAGUUACGCAAAGUUACUGCGUUGGAGGAUGCUGGCUAAAUGCCACCGGCCGCUAGAGACAUUCGACCUUGUCAUGGGCUGUGACAGCGUUAUAAACGUCCUGAAACUUCUGCGCAAGGCGAAAAACAGCAGGAGUAAAUGGCUUCCAUCAAAAACGCAGCUGCUAUGUCUUUUCUGGCUGUUGAUUCAUCUUGCGAUCACGGUUCUGGUUGGUAUCAUUGGUCUCAACUAUAAUCUUGAGACCUCGACGGAUUAUGUGAUAUUGGGGAAGGGAACGAUAUCUAUUCUUGACCUGGACGCACUCUCCACUGGCAAUUUUCUCUCAGAUUUAGGCGCCGUUCAGACAUGGGGCGUUCGUGGAAAGGUCACCACCCCAUUAGACUGGGAUGCCGCAUUGGAAUAUAGCCAGACCUACUAUUCAACGUAUGACGGACACACGUUUUACUAUUUCCAGGAUCAGAAUGCCAAUGACACGGGAACAGGUCACAUCACGAGUCGCUAUAUCGAAUCCUAUGCAUAUUGUCAUGGCUAUCGAGUAACAGAGGGACAGUAUGGCAACAUGUCCUAUAUUAUUUACAAUGAUGGUACCAAGGACGUCAAUCAAACGCUAUCAGCACAGCCGGGUCCAGGCGGCUUACUGACCUUCUCGAAAUUCAAUUCUACAUGUGGGGCACGCUGCACCGACAUCAAUGCGUUUCAGGCAGAAUCAUUCCCAACCGCACUCGUUGACGACGGCGACAAAUUUGACCUCUACGAAGGCCGGUUUUUUGUGUGCAACAACACGGUACCGGAAGUUGGAGAUGAUACCGAGGACGUGAAGCCAGAGUACACCGUAUCGGAUCUCACAGCCAGAAUGCUAGCCGGAGCCCUUGGCUGGAGCUCCGCUGUGCCGUCUGCGGACGGCAAGUCGCUGUACAUGACCUAUACCAACACAUCCGAAAUAGGGUUUUAUAAGACUCCCAACGAGACAGAUAUGGCCGACUUGAUCUCAGGGUUCACGAUGGGCGCUGUGUCCUUCAUGGACGACUCCAGCGCCGCGUCCCGCAAGUACGUGACUAGUUCCGAUCGGCCGAUCGCUGCCCAAUAUCUCCAUGUGACUUGGCGGUUUGCAGGUUCAAUUCUGGCGGUGAUCCCAUUCAUCCAUUUCUGGACAUUGCUGGCGGUCAUCUCCUGGGCAAACCACGCCAUUAUCAAGGACGACAGCCAUCUCGCGAUCGCGAAGGCGUAUCACUCUCUUCUACGGCAACUUGGUAACACUGGAUGCCUCCUUCAAGGCGACGAGAUUGUGCGCGUCAUGGGAAAUCCGAUGGUCAAGUACGGAUUUUCGAGCAGCCGGGAACAGGACGGUUAUCUGCAUGUAGAUGUCUUCGAAAAAGGCGACGCCAUUCAAAGUAUGGGCGGCCCUUUCCGAGAAGGGUGGUAUGACGGAAUUGGCAUGGUUCAGGAGGAGAGCAAUCACAGAGUGAGCCAAGCUGAAUUGAUGCCACGACGGCGAUAUAGGGAUAUCGACGCAACAGAAUAUUUUUAG